AUGGAUGAACAGGAGGAAUGUUCAGAAAACCCUAUUCCUGCUAUUGAUAAUGUCAACAUUGCCAUUGCAAUGCAGUUUGCUCAAAUUACUAGAGAAAGUGAUGUUAGAUUUUUUACUGGGUUUGAGAGCACAAAAAGUUUCCAAGAAAUAUUCAACUUUUUAGUGCCAAGAGCACGACUGAUGAAAUAUUGGGAAGGUGUAAAAAGAAGUUCCGGUGUAGAGAGAGAAGAACAUAAUCAGCAAAGAAUUGAUACCAUAAUAUUAUCAAAUGUGUAUGCGGAAGGAUCUGUAUUGCCCAUUAACAAACCAGGACCUCAGCGAAAGACUACCUUAGAACAAGAAUUUUUAUUAACUGUCAUGAGAUUGCGUCUGGGAUUGCUCAUUAAGGACUUGGCUUUUAGAUUUCAAAUUUAA